AUGGAAGAUAUAAUAGAUUUGUCAGAAUAUGAUGAUGACUGUGUCAUAGAAUCUGUGUUAUUUACUACAAAUAAUAUAGAAAAAAUUAAUAAUUAUCAUCAUAUAAAACAAGAGAACCUUCUAUUUUGUGAAAUAUUAGAGAAAUGCUUAAAUUUAGAAAACUCAACAGGAAUGCUUUCCUUAAUAAAUAAUAAAUUGUUAAUAGAUUAUAAUAGAUUAGAAAAGAAUGUUAAAACUUCUCGAAAAUUUGAAACGGCGUUAAGGAAAACUCUCGAUAAUUUGAACAAUGAUCCUCGCCACAAAUUUUCGCAUAUAAAAUUUUUAUGUAAUAUCUUAUCUGAAUUAGGCACUGAAAAGAGAAGAGUACAAUUGAUAACUUUAGACAAAAAUGUUACAGCAAAUAUGUUUUCUAAGCUAUCCUGCAAAAGACCAAAAGCAGAUCAGAAUAAUUUUAAUAAGUGUGCCAAAAAACUUAAAUCAAAUGAAGAUGAUAAAGAAACUACCUCAAGCUUAGAAUAUGAUCAAAGUAGUUCCAUUAUAGCCUUAGAUAUUGUAAAUACAAUUAGUGAGGAGAAAGGUGAGGAAGGUAAAGUUAUACACAAUGGUGUUUGUAACUCGGAAACCAAUAACAAUAGUAAAAAUGUUAAUGUAGCUGAUGAAUCUAUUGAAUUAAGUCCCUCAAAUAGUGUACAUACAGAAAAAAGUAAUGAAAUGGGAAAUAAUAAUGAAAUAUGUCUAAACAAAAUUGAUACACUUAACUGUCAAGAAAAUGUUUCUAAUAGAGAAACAAAUAAUGAUGAACAUAAAGUAAUAGAACCUUCUAAAUCAAUAGAACCCAUACCCACCAAUAGUUUGAAUAAUGAAAAUGUGAAAGAAACAGAAAAUGAUACAGCAAAUGAUAAAAAAAUGGAUAAAUUGGAUGAACAUAUAAAUCUUUCUUAUGAAUCUGCUAGUGAUGAAAAUAGACUUCUUGUACCUGUUAAAACUUUAGAAUUUAAUCUUGCUAAUAAUUUAAAUAAUAUGGAAAAAAUUAAAGAGCUUGAAAAUAAAAUUGCAAAAUGCAAAGAAAAAAUUGCUAAACUAGAUGAGCAAGAAGUACGUAAUGACAGUAAGCGUUCACCGUAUAUGCGGAGUGAAAAAUUAAAAGCAGACAUAGUAUUGUUGUAUCAAGAGUUAUGUCAGUUGACUGGAGAGCACCCAGUCCGAAGGCGACAAGUGUGUAUAAAAGCCAUGGAAGGCCAUCCUCCUGGACCUCUUAAAAGGCUGGAAACCUUUUUAAAUGAUAAUAUUGGCAGUGACGGAGACCCACCUUUUCCUAAUUUUAGAGAAGUAGCUAAAUGUGUUUUGGUUGCAAAUAAGGAAGAUAACUUGGGAUGGAGUAAUGCAAAAGUUAUGAAUGAAGCAAGAGCACUAUUCACUUAUUGUGGUCGUGCACUACAGAAACGCCGGCAAAAGAGAGAAUAUGAGGAUCUUAUAAGCAAGGUGGACACCUGUGAUGAUGACCCCGCAGACCAUGACCCUGAGCUGCGAGCUAAGCUAGAGGCCAACAAACAAAUUGCCAUAAAAAGGGAGAUGGAAGUGUUUCAAAAAUUUACAAUGAUGCAAAAUCAACCUGAUAAGUAUAAGGAUGCCGAUGAAGAAGAUAUCUAUUCAGAUUCAGGCACCGAUGAGAGCUUCCCUGAUGUUAAUACCACAGACAACAAUGAUGUGAUAGAAAAGAAGGAUAUUAAUAUGAAGGAAGAAAAAGUUCCAGAAACAGACACAAAUGAUAUAAAUACUGUUAAAAUAAAAGAGGAACCAAAAGAAAGUAUAGUAGAUACUUUAAAACAAUUUGGAGAUAAUUUUACAACUAGCUUAGUGGAUAUUGAGGGUCCAGUUUUUGUAAUAGAUAUUUCAGACUCUUCUGAUGAGGAACAAUCA